GGUGUGGUUACAUUUAUUUUAGGUGCUUGCCAAACAUAACACUAAAUAUAAUUACUUCAAUGAAACGUAAAAUUUAACAUUACGAAUGGCCAAACCGGGUUCAUUUACUGAAUUAACAAAACAAGUGCGUUUGUUAAAUGACUUAAUUCUAAUGGAUAUGGUGUAUACGGAAGGCGAUUAUGAGGAAGUGGUACACAAUUUUAGUUGUCAUCUUCAUGCAACGAAGUAUUGGUUCAUGCGUACGUCGUUCGCGAAUAAGAAACGUUUCGUGAUAGCACUUUUAGACGAUCUACGGAGUGCCUGGGCGCUCUCGCUUGUUCUCAAGUCUAUAUGGAUCUGUCGUACUAAAGAUUGUGUGCUUUCUUUUUGGAAUCAUCCAGAAACUAUGAGUCCGUACGAUCAGAUCCCUCUCGAUCACAAUAGGACGGCGCAACCAGUGAAUGACCUCGCUCAAGUUAUGACUGAUGAGCGACGGUGGUUCCGUACUCUUGAUCCUGAAUCUCAAGCAAUGACGCUAUUAGAGCUGUUAUAUAUAACUGGAAGCCCUCUGAUGCGGGAUGUCCUUCGUAUUGCGCAACACAUCUAUGAGUAUAAUCGUGAUCUCCAGCUGCAAAACCUCUUCGAAUGUAUCGUAGUGGGCGAGGUGCUACAGCAAAAUGAUCCGGUUUUAGCUACUGACCAGAUUAAAAGAGACUCUUCUCCAACGAAACCCAAGACUGCAGGAGUGUCGGGAUCUGGCAACGGGGGGGAUAGUGCUAAAGCGUCUCCUGUUAGAAGUGCUCAGAAAAACUUAGAAGAGAAUGAAGCCGCGUGGAAUUCAGUUAUAAAAACGAUCCGUGAUUCUCAAAAAUUGGAAGAAUUCGAGAUGACCUUCAAAGAUGGCACUACGAGAAAGAUUUGGAAAGUCAAUCGGCCUAAGCCUGAGGUUAUUGAAACCGUUGAUUUUCUGCAAUUACUACCUGCGACCAUUGGCAAACGCAUCCUGUCUUUACUGCCUAAGCAAUCAUUGGGAGAAUGCGCUCGUGUAAAUAAGUACUGGGCUUAUCUCGUUGAAGACAUGCAUGUUGAAUGGGUCGCUAGAAACAAACUUAACAAUGACAUGGAAAAGCUACAGGAGAUGAUGCUAAGACACGACACCAGCAUGGAUAUAUUUACCAGCAUCCCAAAUAUCACAGGCGGCCCAGUCUCAGUAGCUACGGGUUCCAUAACGCAAUCAAAUACAAAGAGUGUUACGCGCAAAUAUUCACCUAGCGUGAAGACUAGCGAGAAAUCUACUUUCUCUUUUAGGCAUUAUUUCGAUGAAAGGAUGAGGACUACUGUUAGAACCAAACCAAAGGCAAUCCAGAACUUGGCGGAGUUGCAGGAGCGUUUAGAUCGUCGCGGUGCUGCCGAUGAACAUCUCGACCAAUGGUGCCGUUACAUCAUUAAGAUGACCAAGACAAAAAAGAAUCCCAAUGCCGGAUCGCUUCUACGGUUUGAAGACGCUCGUUUUCCGACGCCCCUGAUGAAGUAUGAUUUACAGUUACCAUUAGAGCACAAAAUCAAGAAGGACCCAGCAAUCGCGUUAGCGGCACUUCCAAAAUUUAGAAAGAACAUAACGGAAGGAUCCAUGGAUUUGCUGAAAGAAACCAGUGUUAAGCGCUUUAGUUUAUGGAGUCGUGACUUUUCUAGUCUCUAUAAAGUGUUAAAAGUAGCUUCUUAUGAAUCACCAAUAUAAUCUUCACAUAAUUUCUUACAUUAAAAGGCUAUAUUAUGCUAUUAUAUUAUGUUAUUUUGAUAAUGCUUGUCGUCUUUAUAUGUAUACUGAUGAUAAAAUUAUAUAACAAUUGGUCA